AUGUCUCCGCCAAUGGCUUCAGUGAGGGAGAAGGAGUCUAACCUGGCUCGACUGCUUGGCUCUGGAUCUGCUGGUAUUGCAGAACUCGCAGUUUUCCAUCCCGUCGACACAAUCGCGAAGCGACUUAUGAGCAAUGAGACGAGGGUCAAGAACAUCAGCCAAUUGAAUGCAGUUAUCUUCAAGGACAAGCAAGCAGCAUCUGCGGGCAAGAAAUUCGUCUCGUUGUUUCCCGGUCUGGGAUAUGCGGCCGGUUACAAGGUUCUCCAGAGAAUAUACAAGUAUGGUGGCCAGCCGGUAGCGCGCGAUUAUCUUGCUACACACUAUGGAAAGGACUUUGAGCAGGCAUUUGGAAAGAAGACUGGAAAGGCAAUCAUGCACUCCACUGCGGGAAGUCUUAUCGGAAUCGGCGAGAUCGUGUUAUUGCCUCUAGAUGUAUUGAAGAUCAAGCGACAGACCAACCCAGAGGCCUUCCGUGGACGUGGUGUUCUCGCAAUCGUGAAAGAUGAAGGGUUCGGACUUUACAGAGGAUGGGGAUGGACAGCUGCUCGUAACGCACCGGGCUCGUUUGCGCUAUUUGGUGGUUCUGCUUUUGCCAAGGAGUUCCUUUUUGGACUCCAGGAUUAUAACAAGGCAUCAUGGUUCCAGAACUUCAUUGCCUCAAUUGCUGGUGCAUCAGCGUCUCUGGUCGUUUCUGCUCCUCUCGACGUUAUCAAGACCCGUAUCCAGAACCGAAACUUCGAGAACCCCGAGAGCGGCUUCAAAAUUCUCUCCAAGAUGGCUCGGAAUGAAGGUCUAGGCGCCUUCUUUAAAGGUCUUGUUCCCAAGCUCCUCAUGACUGGACCGAAGCUGGUGUUCUCCUUCUGGCUUGCCCAGACACUUAUCCCGGCUUUCGAUGGCAUGAUUGCUGGGAAAUAA